AUGGCGUCAAUUACAACCCUCCCUACCGAGCUACUCGACCAGAUAGCAAACGAGAGUCUUGACCAGGACGACCUUCUAGCUCUAAGAAGCACCUGCAAAAUCCUCAAUAGAAAACUUCAAGAAGCCCAUCUCAAUUUUAUAUUUUCUUGUCGACGCGUUUUCUUGAUUCCAGCCAGCCUCGAAAAUCUCAUAAAGAUAUCCAAGCAUCCAUCGGGUGUAAACCUGCGGGUUCGAAAAAUCAUCAUUUCGAAGUUUAUACCCUAUACCAAACCUUAUCCCAAGACGGAAUGGAAAUAUAAGGGCUUACAGUCUCAAAAAACAAUCACGAACACGAUUAUAAAAACGACUGAUGCUCAUUCGGAUGAAUUAUUCGAUUUUUACGAGAACAAUCAAUACCUUGUUCUUCUAACUAUCGCUUUUUCAAAUCUCCCUAAUAUCAAGGCUCUCAGCUUUGAGUUUGAGGACUUCGAGGAUCUGAGACGAUCUGAAAUAAACUUAAUAUACCCCAACCUUGGAUAUGGACCUGGGUUUCAGGGUGACGCUGCCAGCAAAGCACACGUUCACGAUUUGUCCAGAUUUAUAGCAGAAAACACAUCCGAUUGGUAUGAGUUUGAAGAUCAAAGUCCUGCUAGCGAAGAUAUCCUCUCAUUGGUACUUUAUAUUGCGGUGGCUACUGGAAUAAAAAGCAUUGAACGUAUCGACGACGCCGAUGGCGACUGGAGUGGCCUGAAAAAGGACCAGAUCGUUCUCAAACCGUCCUAUUUAAAGCCCUUCGUAUCCACUUUUUCAAAUCUGAGGACACUACAUCUUACAAUUCAAAUCGAAAAUAACUCGACUGCAAGCUUCCGAUUUAAGCAAUGGAUACAGGCUAUUGGAUUAAACCUGGAGGACCUUAGGAUCUGGAAUCCUAGUUACGCGGACCAAAGUAGCCCACCUGUGCUGCUGCCAGCUGGGAUGCUAAAAAAAUUGAAGAUAAUUCAGUUUUGGAAUUUCAAUUUCGAAAUUGAUGAUUUUAUCACAUUCAUCAAUGGUUCCAUGGGGUUGAGGUUAUUGAAAUUGGAGCGUUGCAGAUUUCAUGACCAAAUCGAAGAUUGGUACCGUCUCCUGAAGCAUCUCAGACGAAAUCACUGCGCGCUUCGGAAAAUAGUUACGCAUACAGAAUUCGAGGGGGAUUCGUUUAACGGGACGAGAGUAACAGAUUUAAAUAUUACGAGCUCUCCUGGUUCCGAAGAAACCGUUUUUCAGGUCGAGACGCGGUCAGGGCGGGGAGUUUUUGGCGAGAGGACUUUGAAAUUGAAAUUGGAUGAUCAACCAGGGGCGGUUGAGUUCUGGGAUACGAUAAAUGGUAUAACAAAGUCGAAGUAG